AAAAGGAAGAGGACGAACAAGCAGAGCGCGCAACCACGAGCCACGCGCACGUUCACGUUCGCGUGCACGAUUACUUGCCAGCAUUUGAUCGAACGCUAUCGAACGCGCCGGGCGAAGUCUCUUCAAGGCUCCUGAUUUCAACAGCAGUUCGACCUCUGGCAUUAUGACACCAGUGCGAAGGCGCCGACCCGGGGUCAACAUCUACUAUGCCCAGGAGAGAGCUCUGCGCCGGCAGAGACGUCGCAUGCGGAGAGAGAGGACACAAGCGCUGAGGGUUUGUUCGGCGCUGAUGGACAGGGCUGAGAAGCAGAAGUCGAAAACAAAGAGCUUCUGUGACGAAGUUAAGGCCGACGCAGAUCGCCUGCGUGAGGUGUGCCAGACGCUGAUGGGACUGGUGGAUCGCAACGACGAAACGUGGAAGGAAUUCUUCGACAGGGCUGAGGAAACUGAAGCCAAGAUGGACCGUAUGUGCGCCUCUCUUGUGGACAUCGCGGAGACCAACGAGAGCAUGGUGGUGCAAUUUGUGCAAGACGUGCAGUCGCGUCCUUCCCGUCGUGGAGCACCGGAAGUGCCGGAGAAUCCGCCGCGCGAUUCGCCCACGCCUCCAUGAAGCGGUCCCUUAUCCGUUGAGAGGUGCCAGCCGGGACAUCUGGAGUGCUCAGUCGCCGGACAUGCAUGCAAUAAAGUUUUGUUUUCUUUCC